AUGGCUCCUACACGACCAAGAAAGCAAGCCUCGACCGAGUCGAGCGCUUCGCAAAAGAAACACGCGACAUCCAGCGGCUCCGAUACCCCGUCAACACCACAACGAACCCCCAUUAGAAAGAAACAGACGGGAAUCACCUUACAGCAAAAGCAAGCCUUGAUCGAGAACCUGCGACUUGAAAUCACUGAGCGAGCCCGCAGAUUACGCGCCCAGUAUCAUCUCCAGGCGCAGGGCCUCAGGUCGCGAAUUGAGAUUCGUCUCAACCGGAUACCAACUGCUCUCAGGAAGGCCACUAUGGGCGACCUACUCCUCAAAUACGCAGAUCAGGCGCAAGGAGGGCCCAACCGCCCGCUACCGCAACCUGUCAAAGAUCUGCCUAUACUGCCAAGUCCUCAAAAGCCUAUCCACCAAACCACUCGCGCGCCACAGGUUGGACGCGCCCAGAAGCGGUUGAGCAAUGAAAUCACUAUGGAUAAAGAGAAUGAGCUUCAAAAAGGCGAGCGUCCUAAGAAGAGGACUCGCGGCGAGGAUGGUGGCUUGGUUCACCCAGCGCAGGUUUUGUCACCUACCUCGUCCAACUCUCGUUUGGCAAACCGCAGUCGCGCAACGUCCCCCACCAAGUCAUAUCUGUAUAAAUCCAACUCUCCUCUAAAGGCUGGUAGCCCAACUCGACCAACUGCCACAAAUCUGGGGACGCGUACGGGAGGGCUCAGAAAGGUCACUACGACAUCCAACUCAAGCUCAAGCUCCAGUGGAGCAACACCGGCAGCGGCAGCGCGGACAAAGCGCACCGCAACAGCCCGACAAUACUGA